ACCCAGUCCAACUGGUCUUCAUUCAAAGUCAGUCUUUGCUCACUGAGUCAGGAGCUCCGGGUCCAUCUCAACCACUGGUCUUGUCUGUCUUCCAAAGUCCAGUCUGACCACUAUCUGAGACCUGCUCUAGUUCAGCGGACCAUGCUGCUGGUGGAAAUCAAACAGACUCUGGAUUCACUUGGUCUGCAGGCGCUGGUUUUGAUGGAACAUUAUGUAUAUGUCAUUCUUUCUGCUAUUGCCCAGACUGAAUUAGAUUCUGUACAGAGAGAAGUCCUGGAGGAUAUUUUAGCUGGUACGGACAUGUACAACCAGGCAGUGGAGGAGCAGAGAGCGCGGAACAGCGCUACCCAGCUGAGGACUGCAGUAUUACAUCGAGCACAUUAUUCCACACUGGAUUCUAUUCUUCCAAACAGCAAAGAACGUCACCCUGCUGCUUUCUCAGUCAAAGAAAUGACAAUGAUUUUAGCAGUGCAUCAUGCAGAAAUGGCAGCAAAACAGAUGCAAUGCUGGGCCUCUACACAGAGCUAUCAGAUAUGUCAGGUCCACAACAACCAUGAUGCCUACAUGUGUUCUCUUAAUUCCUCUCUCAUCUGUGGGAACUCCAUACUGAGAUCUAGAUGGACCUGGGAACAAUUGCAGCAUACCUACCUUAUUUCAUCUUCUCUUUUCUCUAUUAAUCAUCAUCCCGCUCUGCAUUCAUCAUCUCGUCACACUUGCCAUAACACUCCUGUUUACAUCCCUGACCUUAAUUCGGACAGUACUGUCUUGGAAAACCGCCACCCUGUAUUAGCCAAGCCCAUCUCUGUCCAACAUAGAACAGAUGACUCUAACAACGACCAAACCAGCCAGUGCCAAACAUACAUAUCUCAGACUGGUCAAGUCCAGACCACUGUGGAAACUUUGGACUCAGCCCAACCUAAUGUUGAAAGGCAGAGCAGUUUAGAAAACUGUAAACUGCUACAGACCAUUUCACCUCCUUCAAAAACCUUCCACAAUCUCUCAGCUCUGCCUCUGUCAGCUGUUUGCGAAAAGGACCAUUCCUCAGUAGAGUUACUUUUUCAGGUGCUAGUUUCCUCCAGUGACCUGCUGGCUUCACUGGUAUCACAUAUGUCUACACCAGAGGCACCAGUUGAAAAACUGCUGCCAAGUACCAAAACAGAUGUGUUAUCAGCAAAUGGAAAGACUGACCCAAUGAUUUUGGGUCAAAACAUGACGGAACAUGAAGGAACUCAGCCAGAAUGGGCUGAACAGGAAAUCACAACCAGGCUAGAAGCCACUGGCAGCUGUUGUUUCAGAAUCAUGGACAGUGCUGUGGAAAACAACAUCAGACCAA